AUGCAGCUCCCGGCGGGCCCGGCCGCCCUGGCCGCCCCCCUGCUCGCCCUCCCGGUGGCCUUCGGGCUCAGCGCCGUCAGCGCCCUGGACAGCCCCCCGGCGCUGGCCCUGGCCGCGGUUCUGCUGCUCCUCGGCCUCGUCUCCCUCCUCAUCCUCACCGGCGGCGUCGGCCUCGUCCAUGACCCCCUGUUCUGCGUGCUCGUGGUGUUCUCCUUCAUAUCGGCCGUGGAUCUGCUGAUCGCGCUGGAGGAGGACGGGCUCAUCUCGGGCUUCAUGGAGCUCUACGUGCGGGAGGGCGAUCCCCACCUGCGCACGGCUCACGGGCUCCUCACCUGCUACUGGGACGGCACCGUGCACUACGGGCUGUGCCUGGCCAUGGCCGCGGCCGCGGGGCGCAGGAAGGGCUACCGCGGGCUGGGUCUCUUCUGGCUGGGCUCGCUGCUGAUGAGCGCCGUGGUUUUCCUGCUGGGCAACCUGAUCGGGAAAUACAGCCCCGAGCUGAGCCCGUCCUUCCUCCUCAACCUGCCCUACCUCCUCCUCCUCACCUGGGCCGGCCUCCGGCUGUUCCGGCAGCCCCGGGCGCCGCCGAGCCUCAGCCCCGAGCAGAUCGCGGAGGAGCAGCGCAAACCGCUCUACCAGCGGCCCCAGGACCUGCUCCUCAUCCUCAUCCUCAUCCUCGCCGCAGCCUUCACCUUCUUCAGGGGGAUGGUGGUGCUGGACUGCCCGGCCGAUUCCUGCUUUGACUACACGUACCUGCACGAGCCCUACCUGCGCGACCCCGUGGGUUACCCCAAAGUGCAGAUGCUGAUCUACCUGUUCUACCUGCUGCCCUUCCUCAUCCUCGCCGUCUACGGGCUGGCUGUGCCCGGCUGCUCCUGGCUGCCAGACUGGAGCCUGGUGUUCGCGGGAGCCGUGGCGCAGGCUCAGUUCGCCCACCUAGGCUCCUCGCUGCACUCCCGCACGCCGUUCCCCUACCAGACCCCCGAGGAGGUGCUCUGGAGUUUCCUGCUCUCCAACGCCCUGUACGCGCUGGGCCCGCAGCUGCUGGCGCUGCGCUGCCUGCGCGCCCCGGCCUUCUUCGUGCCCCCGGCCGGCCCGGGCCUGGCCCGCGCCAAAAAGUGCCAGUGA